UACAAAAUGGAAUCCCGUUGUGCUGAGUUCUUUUCAGAAAUUGACAAGCUCCGUGCUGAACUGCUAAAGAAAGUCCAAGUCAUAUCAGACUGCCAGCGUGUCGAAAAAGAAAUCAGCCCCGGGGAAAUAUUGAACCGCAUUGAAAACGUUAUCCUUGGAAUAGUGACAAGUCUUUCCAGAGAUGAGGCCCCUGUCCUGGCACUGCCCGACAGAUCCAACUGGGACAACAUCAGUUUUGACAGUUCCAUCGGGCUUCAAAUGAAUUUAGGAAGUUCUGUCACUGCCGUUAGGAGCGACUGUCCGAUGUCUGUGGAUAAAUUUGCACAAAUUACGAAGAUUUUCAUGGUCAUCUACAAACUUGUGCAGAGCAACUCCUAUGCAACCAAAAGAGACAUCUAUUACAACGAUACACAGCUGUUUGGUUCACAGAGAAAUGUUGAUAUCAUUGUGGAUGAUAUCUCCUGCAUGCUUAAGGUUCCUCGCAGAUCUCUACAUGUGUUGGCCACAUCCAAGGGAUUAAUCUCUGGGGAUCUGUGUUAUAUGGAGGCGGACGGCACAAGGAUCGACUGCCGCUCCAGCACGGUUGUUUCUGCAGUUUCAUCAAACAUUGCAGGGAUUAGAAAUAUUGUCUCCUCUGCAAAGUUUGUCAUGAUAGUAGAGAAGGAUGCAACGUUUCAGAGACUGCUGGAUGACAACUUCUGCACAAAGCUGUCUCCUUGCAUCAUGAUUACAGGUAAAGGCGUGCCAGAUGUGAACAGCAGGUUGAUGGUGAGGAAGCUUUGGGACACGCUGCACAUCCCCAUCUUCGCUCUGGUGGAUGCUGACCCGCAUGGAAUUGAGAUCAUGUGCAUCUACAAGUACGGAUCAUUGUCCAUGUCGUUUGAGGCCCACAGUCUGACCGUCCCCAGCGUUAUGUGGCUAGGCCUCCUCCCCUCUGACCUCCAGAGGUUGCGGGUUCCAGAGGACGCUUUGAUCCCCCUCACCAAGAGAGAUGAAAGUAAACUCAUUAGCCUCCUCCAAAGGCCGUACUCAGCCAGCCAACCAGACUGGCAGAAAGAGAUGGAAAUGAUGCAGCGGAGUAAGGUCAAAGCUGAAAUACAGUCACUAGCAGCCAUUGCUCCAGAUUUCCUCACCAACAUUUACCUGCCCAAUAAGCUGCGUUAUGGAGGCUGGGUUUGAACACAAUGCUGCCACCUAGCGGAAUAACAAGGGAAGUGCUAGAGCUGGUUGCACAAGUAAAGAAAGAUCUUAAAUGUAUCUGUCCUGCCUGACUCGCCAGACAGAUUGAAAAAAAAUUAGUUUGUUUGAUUUGUAUAUUUGUGUGUGUGUGUGUGUGUGUGUGU